AUGGGUACAGUAUUUUAUUCACCAAAACAAGCACUAGUAAUAACUUUUGUUUUUUCUAUUAUUGAUAUUUUUAUCAAUCUUCUUGGUUUAACGUGGAAUGGAAGUUUUUUUACUUUAGGAAAUUUGAUACAUUGGUUUUCAUGGAAAAAUUAUGACUUUACUAAAAAUCCUGUUGAUUUCUUUUUUAUUGGACUUAUAAGAAUUUUAAUUUUAUUUUUAGGUUCAAUAUAUUUGUAUUUUCAUGGAAAAAGUGGUGCAGUAACGUGUGCCAAAUGGAGUAAUCCUAUUUUUGCAUUUCUUCUUCUUCUUAUAGCAUUUUCUCCAUCUAAAAUGUUGGCUUUUUAUGAACAUAGUGAUCCAAAAUUAGUUAUUGGUGAUUGGAUAUUAAUGGGAUGGUGUAUUAUUGCAUCAUUUGCUUCAUAUGGUAUAUGGACAAAUAUAUUUUGUAAAACAAGAAAAAUUGAUGAUGGAGGAGAGGAUAGAAGAAGAUUAGUUGAUGAUGAUGGAUUUAGUGAUGAUGAUGAUAAUAACAGUGGAAGUGCUGCAGAAGAAUACUUUAAAUCUGUUCAAAAUGAAGCAGAAGAAAAAGAAUUAAAGCAACGAGAGACAUUUUCUAUGUUAAUGAGACUUUUUAGUUAUAUGGGUAAAGAAGGUCCUUUCUAUUUUUCGGCUUUCUUUUUUUUGUUUCUUUUUGCAUUAUCUAAAGUUUUUACACCAUAUUAUACUGGAGAGGUUGUUGCUAGUGUUAUUCAUGCAAAAGCUGGUGAUUAUAGUGCACUUAAUAAAGCUGUAUUAAUUAUGACAAUACUUUCUCUUGCAGGUGCAUUAUUUGGUGGAUUACGUGGAGCAUCAUUUACAUAUGCUCAAGCACGUGUUGAUAGAAGAAUACGUGAUGAUUUGUUUCGAAGUAUUGUUAAUCAAGAAAUAGGUUAUUUUGAUGGAAAUCAAACAGGUGAAAUUUGUUCUCGUCUUAAUGCAGAUUGUCAAACAAUGUCAAAUACUUUAUCACUUUAUAUGAAUGUUCUUACAAGAAAUCUUACUAUGCUUGUUGGAUCACUUAUAUUUAUGUUUUCUCUUUCAUGGCGUUUAUCUAUGGUUACUUUUAUUGCUAUUCCAUUAAUAUUUUUCGUCUCUAAAGUUUUUGGUGUUUAUUAUGAUGUACUUGCUGAAGAAACACAAGAUUCAGUUGCAAAAAGUAAUGCUCAUGCUGAAGAAAUUCUUAGUGCAAUUAGAACUGUAAAAAGUUUUGCAUGUGAAAAAUUUGAAGCUAAACGUUUUUUGGGUUUUCUUGAUGCUACAUUAAAAAUUGGAGGUAAAAGAGCACUUGUUAUUAUUGGAUAUAUUUGGGUUCUUGAAAUUUUUCAAAUGGGAAUUCUUACAGCAGUUUUAUUUUAUGGUGGUCAUUUAGUCUUAAAGGGAGAUAUUAAUGUUGGAUUACUAGUUUCAUUUAUGCUUUAUCAAUUUCAACUUGGAGAAAAUAUGAGAGAAUUAAGUGAAGUUUUUAAUGGAUUAAUGCAAGCUGUUGGUGCAUCACGAAAAGUUUUUGAAAUGAUUGAUAGAAAACCUAUUAUUAGAAACAAUAAUUCGGGGUUUAUGGGGUCGGCAAUAGACAAUGACAAUAAUUCUAGACAUUCUGGUGAUGGAGAAAGAAAGCCAACCAGAGGAAGAAUUGAAUUUAAAAAUGUACGUUUUGCUUAUCCAACAAGACCAGAUAUUAUGGUAAUGAAUGGUGUUUCAUUUACUGUUGAACCUGGUGAGGUUGUUGCAUUAGUUGGACCUAGUGGUGGAGGAAAAUCAAGUUGCAUAUCACUUUUAGAACAUUUUUAUGAACCAUUAAGUGGUGAAGUUUUAUUAGAUGGUAUUAAUAUUAAAGAUUACAAUCAUAAAUAUCUUCAUAAAAAAAUUGCUCUUGUUGGACAAGAACCAAUUCUUUAUUCAAGAGCAGUUCAUGAAAAUAUUAGUUAUGGUUGUGAUGAAGUAUGUGAAGAUAAGAUAAUAGAAGCAGCAAAAAUGGCAAAUGCACAUGAUUUUAUUAUGGGAACUGUAGAUGGAUAUGAAACAAAUGUUGGUGAAAAAGGUAGUACUGUAUCUGGAGGUCAAAAACAACGUAUUGCUAUUAGUCGUGCUUUAGUAAGAGAUCCUGAUGUAUUACUUCUUGAUGAAGCAACAUCAGCUUUAGAUUCAGAGUCAGAAGCAUUAGUUCAAGAGGCAAUAGCAAAAAAUUUGAAAACAAGAACAGUACUUUUAAUUGCUCAUCGCCUCUCUUCCAUAGAAACAGCAGAUAAAAUAAUUGUUAUUAAUCAUGGUAAAGUUGAACAAAAUGGAAAACAUUCAGAGUUAAUGGAACAGGAAGGUUUAUACCGACAAUUAGUACAAAGGCAAAUGAAACAAGAGGAAGAACCAGUUGAUGUAACUUAUGAUAGACCUGAAUCUGUAACUGAAAGUGGAAGCUUUUAUGGUAGGUCAAUUAGAUCAAGAAGAAUAAAUGUUACCUCACCACAACCUCAUCAUAUUUCACACAGUUAUUUAGGAUCCAGUUUUGCUGCUAGUAGCUUAAUUUAA